GUAAUGGCGAUCGCGAACGAUUAGUUCUGCUGCAAUUUGACAAGGCGAAUAAAUUUCCUGGCGCUGAUGAUAUUCAAACCGAACUUUUUCGAUGAUAAACCGUGGAGACCGCACACUGAUAUGACUCUCUGUCCUUGACAGAUUACCGGCAGGACCCGCCAAGUGUCGAGACCGCCUGCGGGCGCUUGCGCAAUUUCGCCGACUUGUAUUGGCCGUCGAGCGGGGUCAAAAGUCCUUUGCGGAUUCAUUGAUUAUACACUCGACGUUAUGCUAUAAUUGAAAUUCUUUUUAUUGGAAUUGUUCUGGCAACAAUACGUACGCGUAUUCGGAUCGAUAUUUCGUACAAUCUACUCCAUUCAUGAAGUCGAAACCGAAGCUCAGCUGUAUUUUGUUUCGCAUCGGGUCCAAUGGUCGCUGGACGUUCGUUCACGUGACUAUUGAAAAUGGCGGGAUCGUUGCGAGUUUAUUUGACGUUUCAUUCUCGCUAUUUUUUCCACCGAUGCGAAGCUUCGAUGGUUCUUAUCGUCACGACUAGGUGAAAUUUGAGGAAAUCCGUGGGCAUUGUCGAGUAAAUUAAAAUGCUAACACUGCAAUUCGGGCAGUGCGGAAAUCAAGUGGGUCACACGUUGUUUUCUAACAUUGCAUCGGAUUUGUAUUCCCAGAAUACCGGGCUGUCGAGUAAGCGCAACUCGGAAUACGCGCAAUCUGGAUUUGACAAAUGGUUCAAAGGGUUAUCCAAAAAUGGCAAACACCUGGCAAGGGCUGUUUUAAUCGAUACGGAGCAAAAAGUCAUACGCAGAAUAUGCAGCGACAGCGACUCAACGUGGGCUUACAGCCCUUCCAACGUCGUGAGCUGUCAUUCGGGUGGAGGAUCUGCAAAUAAUUGGGCAUACGGAUAUUCCACAAAGGGAUCCGAAUUGACGGGAGCUGCUCUCGAAGCGGUGAGACAAGAGAUAGAAAGGGUUGAUUCCUUGGAAGGAAUCCUGGCCCUUCUAAGCUCUGCCGGUGGUACGGGUUCAGGAGUCGGUAGUCAUGUCAUGGAGAUUAUUCGCGAUGAGUUUACAACUAAAACAAUUGCCACCGCAGUAGUAUUGCCAUACGCAUCUGGCGAGGUAUGCACCCAAAAUUACAACACUUUGUUGACUCUAGCUAAGCUGAACGAGGUCUCCGAUAUAAUUUUCAUGUUUGAGAACGAUCAGAUCCACAGUAUCUGCGAGAGCCUCGUGAGAGCUCGGAACACAAGUUUGAACGACUUGAAUAACAUUAUCGGUUGCAAGCUGGCUUCGGUCUUGCAGCCUGUUUCUGAAACUACGAAUAUUCUGUCGUCGAUCGCUGGCCAAAUAACCCCUCACCCCCAAUACAAAUUAGCAGCUAUCAAAACCUCACCGCUAGCUACUUCUGCUCUCUCGACAUACGACAGCGGUUACAAGUGGCAUUCUAUCGUCGGACAUCUCAAACAGAUGCUGCGAAUACCUGCGCUCGACCUAAAAUUGACAGACGUGGAAACAAAGAUGCCAUCAAACUCCGUACCUUCCAAACCGACGUGUGCUUACUCUACAUCUGUAUCGAACAUGUUGAUCACACGAGGUGCUUCUACGGAAAAUGAUCCCAUACUUGCCACAGAAUUGUCCGGUGGAGAACUGUACGCAGACUUCGUUCCGAGUUCCCAGAGGUUCUCCACGUUGCAUCAGCCACGAAGACUUCUUGGCAGGGACAAAUUUUCAUCUCUCGUUACUAACAACUCCCAAUUGCAUCUGCCGGUCAACCUGGUCGUCGAGAGGGCCUGGAACAGUUACGUACAUUCAGCGUAUUUGCACCAGUACAAAGAGCACGGUGUGGGCGAAGAUGACUUUUUGCAAGCCUUCGCCAAAGUCGAAAAUUUAGUUAAAGUUUACAAAGAACUGAAUAUCGAGGAAAUCUCUCCUUGAGCGCAGGGAACCCUUGCUUCGGUUGAAACUUAAGUGGGGGAAAAAAAGAACUUUGAUCAUAGGAAAAGUCGAUGUGUAAAUUCUGUAAAAUAAACUUUUUGAUACGUUCAAUUAUUUCCUCAUUUUUCGCCGAUGAUAAGGCAACAUCGAAACCUGUGUAUGUCGAACGUCGGCGGAGAUAAGGUAAAAAAUGAAACGGUAAACUAUCGGGUUUCCGUCUGGCAAAUGUUCGAUCGCAAUUUUAGGGGGGAAAAUUAAUCGCGACGAAAACAAGAUAGCUCGACCGCAACCGCCUGCAUGGAAAAAUAUAUCGAUGAUUAUUUCGAACGCGUGCCGAAACGCCGAAAACCGGAUCUAAGAAUCCUGUUUUUUGAUAUUUUUCCUUAUCCCUGGAACAUACGUUAUCCGAAUUUUGAGUGUGAUGCAAUAUUUCAGCAAUACGGAUUGAUUUUCCAAACAAAACCACGAGAUUUCGGUCCGGGGGACAGCGAAAGAGAUCCUUGUUUUUGUUUUUCAUUUGCCAGUAACCGAAGCUCCGCGAUGACGUGGACGUCGUCGGUUACGUUAAUCAAACGAUGCGGUAAUUCGCGGUUACGCAGCGUUCCUGUUGUUA